GACCUGAAGGACAGCCGCUUUGCCCAUACAUACAUAGUUUGCCCAGUCUCCAUUCGGUCUCGUCGCUUGCACCGCCCAUUCCCUUCAUAAAUCCUUAGUUAUCGUGUCGCCUAUUCUCUGCAGUAUCGCAGCAUGGACGACUAUCUGUUUCGUGAACUUCUCGCGCAAUGCGAACCUAUCCAAGAAAGAACCACCUACCUGGAGGUCUUCAACUACACGGACGCGAAAUACAAUACUCAGGAAGAGCAUUCCCUUAAGGAUGACGAUGACUUUGAGAACUUCCUCCACCGCAGGGGCGUCUUUAAUCCCCCGAAUCUAAGAGAGGGUGUUGAGCUAGUAAAUGGGAUCCGUCUUGUAGUUCAGAAGAAUGCGGCUCACAAGGACACAUUUUCCCCCCUUCACAUAUCCCUGCCGCGAAAUGCCUACGAGUCGAUGAUAAGGAAUUUGCGUCUGCCCCCCCGAGCUAUCGAGGGAUCCAGUCUUGUUGGGCCGUUUUUCUGGUGCUCCUAUGAAGGGGAGGGAGAUGACCGCCAUCUGCACAUCAUCUUCCGGAAAUCGGAUGUGCGGAAGAAGGGGAAGACUCGAGGUUGGGAGAUAAUGCUAUCGUAUUCCUUUAAGACUGGCAUGACUACCGGCUUCGUCAAAGGAACGGAAACGUCAGAUAUCGCCGACUCCCUAGCGCACCUAGUCGCUUGCCAUGCCGAAGUGGGUCACCCUUUUCUGCUCCCGGUCAUCAUCAUCACUCGCGACCUAUCAGCCAAGGGCGACGUGAGACAGCGUGAUGCUCGGGAUUGGCUGAGGCGGCUUGAGAACGCGAUCACGAUGCGUAAUGAGAUCGAGGAGAAAGAGGUCUACACCGACUUCGACGUCGACGGGAUCAACCGAGAUCUUGUCGAAUGCCACUCCCAGGUUCUGUGGAAACGCCCACAGGCGUAUAAGGAGAUCGUCAACGAGAUCAAGCAAGGGAUGGAUAAAUUCGCACAGCACGUGCCGCAGGAGAAGUUUUCAGGGGAGUUCAGAGCCCUCCACGACCGCAUGCUCUCUAGGUUGGACUUUUACCGGGCCAAGCUUCAAGGCAUGGAGCAUUACUGCCACACGACAUUGGAGAGGCUACAUAUACAACGGCAAGCUUUAUACAACAUCAUGACUCAGAAGGAGUCCAAGCUCAACCUCGAGAUGGCGGCCCAGCAGAGACGGCUUGCACAUGCCAGCAAGCGAGACGGCACUGCCAUGAAAACUUUGUCUCUGCUCGGUGCUGUAUUCCUCCCAGGGACGUUCAUAUCCUCAGUCUUCAGUAUGACCUUUUUUGACUUCAACGUCGGACCAAACUACGGCGAUCCAAGCGACUCAUCAGGUGAAGGGGCGCAGGUAUCGAACCUCCUGUGGGUAUACUUCGCGGUGACGGUACCGCUAACGUUAGUGAUCCUGUUGUGCUGGUACGUGAUCGACAUGCGGCGCGAGAAGCGGUACGCGAAGGAGGACGAGGAUAUCGAGCGGGGCAUCAGCCUCAUGGAGAAGGAUAUCCUCGCCAUCAUGCGUAAGAAGACCAUCAACAAGGCCUCCACGUGGACCUCAGGCGGGCCUCGGACAGUACUUCCCCGCUCCGCAACCGGCAUCAAAGAGCCGGACGAGAAGGCUUGACGACGACGACGAAAUACAGAAAAGACCCAUCGGGCACCGGGGAAAGAGAAUUUAUUUGUUUGGAACUAUAUUUCACGAACGGAACGGAGUCGAACCGAAUCAUUACAUGAUCGACCUUUGGGGUUUUUAGGGCCGGCGCUACUACCCAGCUUCUACAUGAGCGAGAAUACAAUCCAGGGGACCCCCGUUGAAAGACAGGACGAUAUCACGACGCCAUGCCAUUCUUUUUUUUUUCUUUUUUAAACAUCGUCUUCUCUUUACGACCAUUGGACGACAGUACAUAGAUUAAUGCGCCACGAUUGUAAUUACG